ACUCAUGUACCUACUCUACGUACGCUAGCUAGCUAGACUUGGUCGGUGAAGGAAAAGGAAGUUUGUUUUUCACAACCUGCACCAUUUUUAGACUAAACUUAUUGAUUUUGUGAUUUGUUUGUUUCUUAUAUUACUUUAUACGAAAGUACUUUUAUAUUAUUGGUUUAAUGGCAAAAAUGAACACGAACAGCAGCUUUAGAACAUGUUACUGAGGUACCUAUGUAAUGUAGUUCAAAUGAAAGGAUUGAACAAUCUGAAUCUACUAUGGGCGGACUAACCAGUGUUUUGAUGUUAUUUGAUUCUCGCACAACUUUAAAUUAAGUAUUACCAAUUCAACAAUUUCGCAUCAAAUGAUAAUUUCUGUCACAACUCUGUGGCAUUAUCGUUACUGUAAAAGUAAAACUUUAGAACGUUGAUGAUAGACUUGAAGAAAUGGAUGACCACGAUCCAUUGGGAGAAGAACAUUCAGUUUCCGAUGAUCAGAACUUUUGUGUGGCCGUUACAGAGAUUAAGCAAGAACCGAUUGAUGAAGGUGAUAUAAGUAGUUGCUGCGAAACAAUUCUGGUGGAAGCAGUGAACGAUGGACUGGACACAGGCAUAGGCAAUGUGAACGAUACAUUGUUUGAAGGCAGAAAAACGCGAGCAAAAGGUCGCGCUCGCCCUAUGAAGUCUGUAACAACGAACAGAAAGUCGAAAAACAUAGCAACAACACUGGACGCCGAGAAAAAGCAUGAAUGUAACAUUUGCCAACGAAAUUUUAAGUACAAAAGUCUGCUAAUAAUACAUUUCCGCACGCACACCGGCGAGAAACCCUACGAUUGCAGUGUCUGUCACAAAAAGUUUGUCCAAAAAGUGCAUUUGAGAAAUCAUCUAGUGACGCACGGCGUCAAACUCGAUGAGAAACCUCUGACGUUCGAAUGCCACAUUUGUCAAAAGAAUUUCAAACGGAAACAUCACUUGAAAGAACACGUGCGAAUACAUUCAGACGAGAAACCUUUCAAAUGUGAACUCUGUUCGUACACAGUAAUACGUAAACACGAUUUCUCAAACCAUAUGCGGACGCAUACUGGCGAGAAACCACAUGAAUGUAGCAUUUGCAAGCGUCGGUUUAACUUUAGGGGCACUUUACGGGAGCAUUUGAGGACUCACACCGGUGAGAAACCUUAUGGGUGUGACGUGUGUCCGCGUCGUUUUAGCCAUUUGCACGUCCUGAAGAGUCAUAAAAGGACGCACACUGACGAGAAACCUUUCGAAUGUGAUGUUUGUUUUCAGCGUUUUAAUCAGAAAUCUCACUUGAAAUCUCAUAUGAGUAUUCAUACCGGUGAGAAACCUCACGAGUGUGGGUUUUGUUUGAGGCGUUUUUGCCGCAGGCGGGCGUUGGACGAGCAUAUAAGAACUCACACCGGUGAGAAACCGUUUGAAUGUGAAGUUUGUCUUCAUCGGUUCGCUCAAAAGAGCAAUCUACACAAACACGUGAGAAAACACCAACAUUUCAAGGCUGCGACCGGAGAUUUUAAUAAUGGCCACGAGCCAGAGUAAUGUGCACAUUCACAUUUUACGUUCAAAUUAUUAUAAGAUAUACAUCACUUAUUGACGUCGAAAUUUUACGUAUAAUUAAGUCUACCGCUGACUUUCAAAGCUUGAUUAUUUCCGGAUAAACCUAGAUUUAGCCGUUAUCAUUUCGGCGUAAAAUUUACAUCUGUUUUCGAAAAGAACUCUGAGGCACCCUGUCGGCGAACUCGCCAAAGUUCGGCGAACUCCCGCUAUAAUUAAUGGCCGGCACAAAAUUGAAAACUAAAACUCUUGGGAGUUUUUUCGAAAACAGAUUUCACACAGAUGUUUAUCUAUUGGAAGAAGUAUUUGGUUAGUUGAAAUUUAAAUCUACAUAUAGAUUUUUGCUAGCAAAGAACAAUUCGAAUAUAAUAGUGCAUAUUGCAAUGCAAGGCUUGCCUGAUCGCUGUACAUACAUAGAUAUUUUUUUUAUAUAUGUAGAGGCUUUUCUUUAAGGUGGAUUGCCGAAUAUAACAGUAUUUUAGUUUCAAGUAAUUAUUGUGAAUAGAAUAAAUUAUUUAAAAUUGG